AAUCCUGCUCCCCCCAAUUUCCCCGUCAUCCUCCUCUUCCCCCCGUUCUCUCUUCCCCAAGUCCCACAGCGAACUACGGAGUACUCCUACUCGCAAGGAGGAGCAGGAGGAGCCCCGUCGUCCCCCCCUUUCCUUUCUUCCCCACCCAUACGCCACAUCCAUCCGUGGCUUCCGUCCCCCGAGUUUACUACUGCUCCACGACGCCCCGCUCCCAUCCACACCCGCAACCACCUCGCUCGCUAAAAAUCCCCACGAUUUGUCCUCACAUGGCCACGCCCAGAACGGCCGGAACUAGCCCUCGCUCUCGUCGUCCUACUCCAGAUUGCCGCUGCUCGACGGAGCCAGAUCGUCGGUAGGGAGGAGGAGGAGGAGGAGGUGGUGGUGGUGGUGGUGGUGUGGGGGUGAUGGAUCGGCAGAGGCAGCAGAGCUCCAGGGGCAAUGCUACUGCAACGAGGGGUGGUGGGUCGUCGGGGAAGGGUGGUGGUGGUGGUGUCGGGAAGGCGGCGGGGAAGAAGCCGAUCAAGGUGGUGUACAUCUCCAACCCCAUGCGGGUCAAGACCAGCGCCGCCGGGUUCCGCGCCCUCGUGCAGGAGCUCACCGGCCGCAACGCCGACCCUUCCAAGUACAGCCCCCGCGCCUCCGCCGACGACGACGACGGCGGCGGCGGCGGCGGCGGCGGCGAGCUGGCCGCCGCCAGUGACGGCGCGGGAGAGCCCGGGCCCGGCGCCGCCGCGGCCUCGCCCGACACCGGCGCCGCAGCCGCCAGCGACGCCGCCGACGCCCUCGUGGCGGCGGGUCAUCCGGCGGCGGCGACGUUCGACGACGAAGGCGGCGGUGGCGGCGGGGGAUACUACGACGACGACGACGACGACAUCUUCAGGUCGCAGCUGCUGGACACCAGCUACUCGGUGUUCUCGCCGCCGACGCUGCUCUACGACCACCCGCACAGCAAGGUGUAGUGACCCACCCACCCACCCCGAUCCCGCCAUGAGGAAGACCACCUUGCUCGAUCGCUGUGUGUAUUGCAUGAAAUUGCAUGUGUGUGUGCUAGCUUCAGUGUGCCGCUCGAUCCCUUAGCCUAGCUCAACAUCACAAUUCGUUUUGUCGCAUAUUACUACAUGCCUCGAAUGAUUUUUUUUUUUAAAAUGAAGGCAAAAUCUUAGCCUGCGCUGCCGCUAGCUGUGUUGUGUGUAUGGUACUGUGGACGGACGCCACACACCUGGGGGGUAAAUUUAAUUAUUUGGUGUUUUUCGUGUUCUUCUUCCUUUUUUUGAUUUCCCCUCACUCUCUUCUUGAUCUUCUCUAUUGAUAUCAAUGGCUGGUUAAUUAAUUGUCGUCUUCACUGCUGGCUCCACUGUUAAUUUGCAACUUUGCAAGUGAUGAACUGAUGAUGCAAUGCUCGUGUCUUCGCCAUCGAUAUAUCAUGAUGAUCGGCGGCCAGCUACGAGCUGAUGCUAGUAUA